CAGUCUCCAACUCCCAACAGUAUGACCAGUACAACGGAAGCAGGAACGGCACUUCAGAGGACGACAGUGCCACGACCACUUUCUCGCCGCUGGUGGGGUCGUCUGGCACAGGUCGUUGUGGUCUCCUGAAGUGCGUGCCACCCCCCUCAUCCCUCACACCGGCACCUGGCUCUCAGAUCUACCUCAUGACUGGCACCAACGCUGUGGCUUACGGCUCGAUCAUGGUCCCCCCGAGCUACAGCAUGGCUUGCACCUUCGCCUACCGCAUCUACGACAAAGUGCAGCUGAAUUACAAGGAGGCGGAGAUGCAGUGCCAGAGGGACCGCGCUCGACUCAUCGCCAUUAAGACGGCUGAGCAGCAGCGCAUCAUGACGGGGAAGACUUCGCGCAGUGAGGCUUACUGGAUCGGGCUGGACGACAGGGCCGCAGAGGGGGAGUUCGUCAUGUCAGAUGGCAGCAAGCCCACGUACCUGAACUGGGACAGCGGACAACCCAACAACUACAUCAAAUUCGAAAAGGACCAGGAUUGCGUCAUGCUGUUCCAGGGGACUUGGAAUGACAAUCAGUGCGAUCAGAUGCUGCGGUUUAUCUGCGAGAUCCCUUUUCUGGAAUUCUAAAAAAUAAUAAUAAUAAUGGCCUCUUUCUAGGUGGUCUUUUUCCUUUAUUCUC